GUCACACGCGGCUGGAACCAUGGACGGCUUCUCCUGGAAACUUUUUCUGCUGUCCUGCCUGCUCCUGGAGAAGGGCCGCGCGCAAGACUUUGGACAGACGCAGUUUAUUUGCACGUCGGUGCCCAAGGAUAUGGACCUGUGCACGGCCACCAUGCAGAACAGCGGCCCGGCGGAGGACCUGAAGACCACGGUCAUGCAGCUGCGGGAGACCGUGCUGCAGCAGAAGGAGACCAUCAUGAACCAAAAGGAGGCGCUCAGAGAACUCGCGUCCAAGUUGAGCCGCUGUGAGAGUCAGAGCCUCCCGGCGGCGGCGGUGGGACCCGGUGGCAGGCGGCCGGGGGGGAAGAACACGAUGGGGGACGUUUCUCGGGGUACCACGGAUACUCUGGCUCAGCUGAGACAGACUUUACAGACCCUGAAACAAAGACUGGAAAAUUUAGAGCAGUACAGCCGAGCGAAUAACAGCGUGCAGGCGAACAGCCUGAAAGAUCUGCUGCAGAACAAGAUCGAUGACAUGGAGAAGCAGGUGCUGUCCCGGGUCAACACGUUGGAGGAGACCAAACCCGGUUCGAGGAAUGACACCGAUCAGCGCAACAGAGUGGAGUCCACGCUGACUUCUCUGCACCACCGGAUCACGGACCUGGAGAAAGGCAAAGACAUCAGGCCGAUGGAAAAGUUCCAGCUGACCUUCCCCCUGAGAACCAACUACAUGUAUGCCAAAGCCAAGCGGAGCCUUCCUGAGAUGUACUCCUUCAGUGUGUGUCUGUGGAUCAAGUCCAACGCGUCCCCUGGGGUGGGGACACCUUUCUCCUACGCGGUUCCGGGUCAGUCCAACGAGUUGGUGUUGAUUGAGUGGGGGAACAACCCCAUGGAGAUACUCAUCAAUGACAAGGUCGCAAAGCUGCCCUUCCUUAUCAAUGACGGAAAAUGGCAUCACCUGUGCAUCACAUGGACCACCCGUGACGGGAUGUGGGAGGCCUACCAGGAUGGAGUGAUGCGGGGCAGCGGUGAAAAUCUAGCACCGUAUCACCCCAUCAAACCAGAGGGAGUGCUGGUCCUGGGACAGGAGCAGGACACACUGGGAGGAGGCUUUGAUGCCACUCAAGCAUUUGUUGGCGAAUUAGCCAAUCUGAAUAUCUGGAACAGGAAACUUUCUGUCACCGAGAUCUAUAACUUGGCAACCUGCAACAGCAAAGCACCAGCUGGCAACGUCUUCUCCUGGACGGAGAGCAACAUCGAAAUAUUUGGCGGGACAACCAAAUGGACCUUUGAGCCUUGCCGUUCGCUCAACUGAACACCAACUGAGAAAAGGCCCCUCUGUAUUUCUGAGCUUUCGUUGUUCUUGUCUUCAUUUGACGUUUGUUAGAGAGACUACUUGAUCUGAAGUUAUUGGUAAGCUUAAAUCUGGGAUUUCUAUCAUUCUUAGAUAUUUAUGUGCAGAGCUUUUCAUCUUGAGGAGAAAAAAAAACAUCUUGGAAACCGCCGUGAUAAAAUGUUGAUAUUUGGGGGUUUUUGUAAUCUGGAAAGUUAAAAUUGAAAGCACACCUAAGCUUUUUGUUUGGUGUUCUUUGUCUUGGACUGGCACUUGGCAAUCGAAGCCUUACGUUGGAAAAUUCACAAUCCAAGUGAGGAAUUACACAACCGCUUCCCGCCCUGCUCUGUGGCGAGCAGGAGAUUACGCUGUCCAUCCAAUUCUUGUCAGUGUUUGGCGCCGUGAAGUGAUGUUUGAUGCGGUACAGCUCCCUGCGAAGCUCCGCCCCACCACCCACCCCUAUCCCCUUUUCACUUUGCCCCACCCCUCCGGAACUUGCACUGUGACUGAGGAAUGGAACGUCGGGAGAGGAGGGUAUGUUGAAGGACGCUGCAAAGUCAGACUGUGGCAUAAGUCAGUUUGCAAUCGUUGUUCGCUUCAAGUGUUUCUGUAAGAAUGUCGUUACUUGCCAACAUUGCUACAAAGCCUGGGUGCCUUGGGCU